GUCCCCGCGGGAUCACGGAGCCCGAGCCGGCCUGGGGCGGAGGCAGCCCGAGCCGCGCUGCUGGCGAACAUGGCAGCAGAAUGAGAGGGCUGGCGCCGGGUCGUGGCCGCCGCUACCGCGCUGCCGCUCGGGAUCCGCAUCCUUAGCCCGCCUCCUGCUGGCCGCGGGAUUAUUUCAUUCCGAGCGGAGGGCGGGGGAGAAAGGGCACUCCGCAGCUCAGCGGGUCGGUGCUCUGGGAAGGGUGUAGAAGAGGUUCGUCUUAGCGACUCGCUGGCUGCGGAAACGACGCAGGAGAGAGUCUGUCCCGGGCUGUGGCCGUGUGGACGCGGGGAUGAGCUGGCCAUGGAGCGGCCUUGGCCGGGCGCACACAGCCGGCCGGCGAUGCGGCGGGAGCGCCGCCUGAGCCGGGACUCGGCGGGACUUCCGGGCCUCCGGCGCCCAAGGGGGGUCCUUGCCGUCGCCUCCAGGAAGGACGGGAGCCCCGCGUGGCGGACACUGCAGCAGGCACCGUACUGAGGUGGCCCAAGCUUGCUCUGCCCGCAGCUCGGCGCACUCUCGGCACCCGGGCGCCUUGCCCGGUGCACCGCGGCUGGGGCACCGCGGCUAGGUAGGCUGCAGCGGCGGGGUGCAGGACUGGCUGGAGGGGUGUGUGUGCGGGUGUUGAACUGGAAAUCGGAGAAGCAGCAGAAUCGGGCGGACCUGAGCAGCCAUGCUUCCCGGGGUGGGCGUGUUCGGCACCAGCCUCACGGCCCGUGUCAUCAUUCCCCUGCUGAAAGACGAGGGCUUCGCGGUGAAGGCGCUGUGGGGCCGCACGCCGGAAGAAGCGGAGGAGCUGGCCAAGGAGAUGAGCGUCCCCUUUUACACUAGCCGCAUUGACGAGGUGCUUUUGCAUCAGGACGUGGAUUUAGUGUGCAUCAACCUGCCGCCGCCCCUAACCAGGCAGAUCGCUGUCAAAACCCUGGGCAUCGGCAAGAACGUCAUCUGCGACCGCACCGCCACGCCCCUGGACGCCUUCCGCAUGAUGUCGGCCGCCCACUACUACCCCAAGCUCAUGAGCAUCAUGGGCAACGUGCUGCGCUUCCUGCCGGCCUUCGUGCGUAUGAAGCAGCUGAUCCAGGAGGGCUACGUGGGCGAGCUGCUGGUCUGCGAGGUGCAGGUGCACAGCGGCAGCCUGCUGGGCAAGAAGUACAACUGGAGCUGCGAUGACCUGAUGGGCGGCGGCGGCCUGCACUCCGUGGGCACCUACAUCAUCGAUCUGCUCACCUUCCUCACCGGCCAGAAGGCCGUCAAGGUCCACGGGCUGCUCAAGACCUUCGUCAAGCAGACCGAUCACAUCAAGGGCAUCCGCCAGAUCACCAGCGACGACUUCUGCACCUUCCAGAUGGUGCUGGAGGGCGGGGUGUGCUGCACCGUCACCCUCAACUUCAACGUGCCCGGUGAGUUCAAGCAGGACGUGACCGUGGUGGGCUCGGCCGGGCGCCUGCUGGCUGUGGGCACCGACCUGUACGGCCAGCGCAACAGUGCCCCGGAGCAGGAGCUGCUGGUGCAGGACUGCACGCCCGUGAGCAACUCCCUGCUGCCCGAGAAGGCCUUCAGCGACAUCCCCUCGCCCUACCUGCGCGGCACCAUCAAGAUGAUGCAGGCGGUGCGCCAGGCCUUCCAGGACCAGGACGACCGGCGCACGUGGGACGGGCGGCCGCUCACCAUGGCCGCCACCUUCGACGACUGCCUGUACGCCCUGUGCGUGGUGGACACCAUCAAGAGGUCCAGCCAGACGGGCGAGUGGCAGAACAUCUCUGUCAUGACCGAGGAGCCCGAGCUGAGCCCCGCCUACCUGAUCAGCGAGGCCCUGCGCCGGAGCAGGAUGUCCCUCUACUGUUAGCGUGGCCUGGGGACCUACAGGACUUAGGUCUUCCUUGGGGGGCAGGGGAGGGGGGGCAUGAAAGCAAAAGACGUAGGGGAGAGGGUGGUCACGGGGGUGGGGAAGGUGGAGGAGCAGCGUGAAUAAAUGGCAUCUGGGAAGGCAAAUCAGACUGUUGGUGGGCUGAGCUCCUAGCCUGGGAGUGUUCAGGAGGGCCUGCCUGUUCCCCAGAUCAUCCCUGCUGGGUGUCUGCAUAAAGAGGGAGGAGCUUUAGCUGCCUCUUGUGCCCUUUACUGUGAGAAGCAAGGAGGGGUUGCUUCCCUCCCUACCUCAGCCACCCCACGUACCUUGGCUUGCUUUGCAGGCCAAGUGGUCCUCAAGGUCAGGGGGCUAUAUUACAUGGCAAGGUCAGUGGGAGCCAGGCUCCCUGGACGCCCACUACUGGCAGAAGAAGGCACAUCUUCACAGGUCCACAUAAGCCUGUUGGUCUGGGGAGGGGCUAGGGAGGGCAGGUAAGAAAGUUCAAAUUCCAGGAAGCCACUUUUUAUUCUGCUUAAAAGUGUCUGAAGGAAAAAGUACUUAGCAGCAAAGUGUAGGGCUUUUGAUUGGUUGGUCUUCCUCAUAGGAAGCGCUGAGGGUGUGCCUUCUUGGUCCAGUGCCCCCAUAGUAGAGACAGGGAGGUAGGAAUAGAGCAGAAAACAGGGCUGCCUGGUAGCCAUGGGCAGAGAGCACCUGCAGCCUCGUAACAGAUGAGGCGGAGAAUAAAACAUCCUUUUGAGCUUGUCAACAACUUAAAAAACUGCAAGGAAUCACCUUAGAACACUGUUUGCGGUGAAAGUGGAGUUGAGUGUAAAGGGAUUCUUUAUUGAUAUGUUGGGAUGGCCCUGUCACGUGGCUGUCCAGGCAGCACCAGAAAAACAGCACAAAGUAUGAGUUUGACCAUAAGUUCAAUUGCUGCCCACGAGGACUGGGGACAGCUGUGUGCCUCAGUGUUGCAAUGGGAGUUCCCAAACAGAAGAGAAAGUGAGCCUGGUCCAGGAGGUGUUUUGGGCCUCAGCACCCAUUGCUCCUACCAAGUGGGGAGGGGCUUUUAUCACCCAGCUUUGUGGAUUUAAAAGGGAAACCUUUAGUUCCACUCAGAUAGAAUCCCCCUCCCUUUUUUUUUUUUUUUUGAGACAGACUCUCAGUAUGUCACCCUCGGUAGACUGCCAUGGCAUCCCAGCUCACAGCAACCUCAACCUCUUGGGCUAAGCGAUUCUCUUGCCUCAACCUCCCAAGUGGCUGGGACUGCAGGUGCCUGCCACAAUGCCCAGCUAUUUGUUGUUGUUGUUGUUGCAGGUGUCAUUGUUGUUUAGCAGGCCUGGGCUGGGUUCAAACCCACCAGCCCUGGCAUAUGUGACCGACACCCUAACCACCGAGCUACAGGGGCCGAGCUAAUCCUCUUUACUUAAAAAAAAAGUUAAGCUCCUUUUCCUUAGUGUUGGCCUUUGCUUUCGGGAUUCUGACACCGAAACAUUUUUACAUAGGUAUUAAAACAAAAGGAUAAGACAUGGAACAUCAUUUUUUCAGUGUUUUUUAAAAUGGGGGUUGAGAGCCCUCUGAGGGCUCUGAGUUGAAAAGCCCAUCCUUCUUCUCCUGGGGCUUGGGCUUGGUCUCCUGUCUUUCUUGUCUUUGCAUGUUCUGCUUCAUUAGAGGAGGUGAACUGCAGGAGGAAACAGCCACACACACACACACAUUUGUGAGGGCUUGCUAUCAACAAAUGUCACUAAAAUUCUUAAAAAUUCAGAUCUGGUCUUGAAAGAAAGACCAAGUGAAGUACAUUUUGAAAAGCAGGAAUCAUCUUUUUGCUAUCUUUUCUUAAUCUUUCACCCCACAUAAGACAUUUGCUGAGACUGGAUAUGGAAACCAUUCUGUAAGUCUUCAUAGCUUUUGACACAGGCUUGCAGAAGUCAAACAGGUGUCCUUGGCAUGCAACUGAGCUUUAGGCCCCUUUUCAGAUAAGUGGCAGUACAACUAGAAGGGAACUUAAGAGGUCUGUAGUCUACCCUCAGCCUCUGAGCAGACAAAAUCUGAGAACUUACAGUCCAAUCAGUCGCAUGCUCCAUGUUCCACCCCAGGGUCAAUAUACUUCAAAGCCCAGUUACUCAUAAGUGCAACUGUGGGUGUGUUCAGACACCAGAGAAAUGUUGAUCAUUAGUACAGAGGAGUAAGGAUUGCUUUUCCUAGAAAGAAUCACCCUACUUCCCAGGCCUUAUUGCAACACUGUGGGGUUGGUUAGCUGAAACUCUCAGCAUUCCAGCUUUUGCAUCUAUCAGUUCAAAACUGGAAAUUUGCUGGAAUGGAAACUUCCCAAUAAUCUUUUAAGCAGAGACUCAUGUGGUAAACUGUUUUGGUUCUUGUUCUCCUAAAUUGCCCUCUGGGAAAGUAGUUUUUGUGGAAAGGGAGUUCUUACCUAGGAUCCACAAAUAUCUGGGAGUGCCCUGGGCUUAUUUGGAAAGUUUGUAAUCUAUCAGUGAAGGAGUCUAUGACCACUGUCAGCCUAAGACUUCUCCCCUCAAUGGGAGAAUUUCGCUGUAGGUACCUUAGCUCCACUUUGGCUCCACCUUACCCUACCUGGUAGCAACACCACGGUGUCAGGUGUAUCUGGAUGCACUAGGGGCAGUCUUGGCCAACUCCAAGACUUGUCCACUAUGUGCAGAACAUUUGAACUACAUUAUCUCAUUCAAAUUCAUUAAAAACCCUAUAGUAUUAGGUAUUGUUACUCCCUUUUUACAUAUGAGAAAAUGGAGGCUCUAAAAGGAAAAAAAUAACUUGCCCAUAGCCACAGAGCUGUUAGCUAGAAAUGGCAUCACUUGAAUCCAAAACAUUUCUUCUCUUGCAAACCUCUCUGCCUCCCAAGAAGAAAUAUUUGUGCACCUGCUGUUCUUACCAGGCAGGAGAGCUACCUUACUUAUCCAAUUCUGUAGGGGUCUGUUCUUCCACCGGGGAAGCAACUGUGACAAUAGCUGACUGUGCCCUGCAGCUCCACUCAGCUGCUCUCAACACCCUCCUGUUGAGCAGAAUGCAACAUUUUGAUGUUCUGCCAGGGGUUAGCUAUAGAGCUGCAAAUAGAAGUGGUGAAGUUCCCAUUCCAAAAUGGAAACAUCAGUCAGCUUCUUUUAAAAUUGACUUCCUAAGUUGAUUUUGAUUGUAGGUGGUGCGGCAAAUCUCAGAGCUGGGAAUUUUCAAAGCAUUGCUAGCCAACUAUUACAAAUGGCCUUGGAUUUUGCUCUCAGAGGUCUGAGCCCAACAUAGGAAAAUGUCUUUUCUCAGGGAGUAGGGCUUUUAAAAUUCAUUCGUUUGUGAUUCAGAUUUGAGCUGUGCAUUUAUACCUCGACACUCUCCUACUCUUUUCAUCUUCUUUCUUGGCCACAGCUAUUGAAUUUGACCUGUGAUCAUAAGUUGGGUUUCUGCCCUGAUCUCUUAUACUUUGGAGGGUAAGGGGGGAAAUCAGCUUUGCAAUGGUAUUCUGGAGAGCAAAUAAAUCCAGUUGCUUCUGAAGGGGCUUCAGAGCCCACUAUACAUAGGCCCUUCAUUUUACAUAACAGAGCGAUGGCCAAGGUCACCUGUGUAUUUAAUGGUAGAGCCAGGAUGAGAAGCCCAGUUUUCUGCCUCGUAAGUCUCAUCCUGCCUCACACAGCUCCUUCAGAACUCUCAGAUGGGGAAAGGAAGCUCAGAGUUGAGAUGACUUGUCUGAGGUCCCAUGGCUAGUUGGGGGAGAAGUUGGAAUUGUAACUCAAACCUGCACUGGCCUGGGUUCCCUGAGCAUUUGCAGAUAAAUUUGUUUUUUAAUAAACUCAGUCGUGUCUUGAAUGUACUCAGAAAACUAGCUGUUUUAAAUUUCCCAUUGUGGCUAUAGUGUGAACAAUUAUCCCUAAUUUGUGUUUUUGUGGCAAGGAUGAGGGGCAUACAUUCAGAUUUUAACCUUUAGGGUUUCCUGAGACCUGCCCUAAUAAUAUUGCCCCCCACACCAGAUACAAAUUUAGCACUGACUAGCCUAGGGUGUCUGCUCCACCACCCCCUGCUUUCUUUGGCCAUUAAAGCCUUGGAGUUUACAGGGCAGAGACCAUGGCAUUGAGAAGCUUGUUUUUAAAAAACAAUCAACUAUCAGAGCCACAAUUUCAAUUCCCUUUUGGGGAGAGGGUGGAGGACCUUGAAAGGAAAGUGGUGCACAACUGCAGUGUGGUUUCAUGCCUCCCACCUCUGACUUCUUCCCCACCCUAGGCAGAGAGAGGGCAGGUGGAGUAUGCUCUGAGUUUCAGGGGACAACACAUGCUUCGGGGGGCUUCCGGGCCCUCUCAAAGGAGGAGUCAAGGUCUCCUGUGCUGCUUUAAAUGGUUAGGUAGUCCCACUGGACUCUGGAGGUGAAUCUGGCAUUGCAGCUGAGUGGCCACAUCAGAAGAGCAAGGCAGUGGCUCUCUGGCCUUCUCCUCUCCCAUCCUACAGCCCCUAUUUGCUCUAGCCCUUGAGGGAGGCCCCUGAAGCCUUUGGCUCUCAUUCUGGCUCCUAACAUGUUGCGCUUCUGAAUACAUUCGUGAAUCUGUUGUGCUCCUUUCUGUUUACACCAGCAGUGAAUAGAGUAAUAACAAGAACAUGUCAUAUGCAAUGGCUUGAUGCUUACUGCACCAAUCAAAGCUUGCCUGGGCAGGUGUAAGGAGGGACUGCAUAGCCAUGGAGUCAUGAUGUCGCCAUCAUUCUCCUUCCCCCUCCCCUGUCUAGCUCUCUGCUGUCCUCUGCAGCUGCCACAAGGGCUAAGUGGUUGAAUGAGCCUCUUGGUUUCUCUUUAUAAACAUGAUAACUUAUUUGUGAUUCUGAGUCUAAACCCAAAUGGAGAGAGAAAAAUUCAUGACCUGACCACCUCCUUUGCCCCUUUCCUCCUCUUUUCAGGCAUCCAAACAUGUUUAGUAUUCUGCCCUGUGCCUUGCCCAGGGGAGGGAGAAGUUUCUAGCAAUUAGGGCUUUUUGUUUGUUGCCUGGUGCUUUUUCAUUUUUUUGUUGUUGUUGUAACCAAAAUUGCAUUUGUUUGGUUGUCAUUGUCGAGUAGAUAUUUAUUGUGUUUUAUGAAUAUCAGUAUAUAUGUACGUAUAUGUAUAAAACCAAACUUAUAUAUAAAAAGUCAAGGCAUGUAUACUAGAUAUUUUAAAGAGUUAUUUAUCAAGGGAAAAAGAUGUGUGUUAUAAAGUAAACAGAGUCUAUAUUUUAUAUAUAAUGUAGAUAGUAAAACAUAGCUUAUAAAUUAUAGGUUUUGGUUUUCUUUUUUUAUUAUUAAAGCAAAAAAGGCAAAAAAAAAAAAAUGAACGCAACUGUUCUUAGUGUUUUAAAGGCCAAACUACUGUGGGAGUUGGGAGGUGGCCCCCCAGCUGGGCCUCAGCGGUCAGUGUCUACUGUCCCAGGCUCUGGAGCUGGUGCCCACUGUCUCCUCUGCAAUGCUCGGGGCUGGUGGUAAACGUCACCCAGCCAGCUGGCAUGUGGCCCUCCAACAUGGCUUCUGGCUGUUCUCUACAACUUGCAUCAAUGGGAUAAAGGAAUGGAAAUGAUAAAUAAAA